UUCGAUGCCAUCAUGAACUUCAAGAAGGACGACACCGCCAAGGUGUUGGAAAAGCUUCAGGUGAAACUCACGACAGAAGAGAAGGGCCUGGAAGGCAAGCCCCUGCUGAAGGUGGCCAUGCGCAAAUGGCUGCCGGCCGGAGAGGCUCUCCUUCAGAUGAUCUGUACCCAUCUUCCGUCCCCCGUCACGGCACAGAAGUACCGUAUGGAACUGCUGUACGAGGGCCCUCACGAAGACGAGGCUGCUCUUGGCAUCAAGAACUGCAACCCUGAUGGCCCCCUCAUGAUGUACGUGUCCAAGAUGGUGCCCACCUCAGACAAGGGCCGUUUCUAUGCCUUCGGACGUGUCUUCUCCGGCAAGGUGGGGACUGGGCAGAAGGUGCGCAUCAUGGGUCCCAACUACGUCCCUGGGAAGAAGGAAGACCUGUACCUCAAGACCAUCCAGAGGACCAUCUUGAUGAUGGGUCGUUACAUCGAGCCCAUCGAGGAUGUGCCGUGUGGUAACAUUGUGGGUCUGGUCGGUGUGGACCAGUACCUAGUGAAGACCGGGACGCUGUCCACGUUCGAGCAUGCCCACAACCUGCGUGUGAUGAAGUUCAGUGUCAGUCCUGUCGUGCGUGUUGCUGUGGAGCCCAAGAACCCGUCUGAGUUGCCCAAGCUGGUGGAGGGACUCAAGCGUCUGGCCAAGUCUGAUCCU